AUGACCCACUCGUGCUGCUCCCCAUGCUGCCAGCCCACCUGCUGUCAGCCCAUUUGCUGUAGGACCACUUGCUGUGAGUCCAGCUGCUGCAAGCCCUGCUGCCCCCCAGCUUGCUGUCAAACCACCUGUUGCAGGACCACCUGCUGCAGACCUACUUGUGUGACCUCCUGCUGCCAGCCCACCUGUUGCAGCAAACCCUGCUGUCAGCCCACCUGCUGUGAGACCAUCUGCUGCCAGCCCUCCUGCCCCCCAACUUGCUAUCAAACUAGUGAAACCACCUGCUGUAGGACCACCUGCUGCAAGCCUACUUGUGUGACCACCUGCUGCCAGCCCACCUGCUGUGGGUCCAGCAGCUGUGGACAAACCUUCAGUGGGUCCAGCUGCGGCCAGCCUUGCUGUCAGCCAGCUUGCUGUGCUCCUGUCUGCUGCCAGCCUUGCUGUCGCCCUGCCUGCUGUCAGACCACCUGCUGCAGGACCACCUGCCUCAAGCCUACGUGUGUGACCACCUGCUGUCAGCCCACCUGCUGUGAGCCCAGCUGCUGCCGGCCUUGCUGUCGCCCUGCCUGCUGUCAGACCACCUGCUGCAGGACCACCUGCCUCAAGCCUACUUGUGUGACCACCUGCUGUCAGCCCACCUGUGGUGGGUCCAGCUGCUGCCGGCCUUGCUGUCUCCCUGCCUGCUGUCAGACCACCUGCUGCAGGACCACCUGCUGCAAGCCCACCUGUCCUUGCUGCCAGCCAGCUUGCUGUGCACCCGUGUACUGCCAUAGAACCUGCUACCACCCCACAUGCUGCUGCCUGCCUGGGUGCCAAGACCAGAGCUGUGGAUCCAGCUGCUGCCAGCCUUGCAGCCGCCCUGUCUGCUGUCAGACCACCUGCUGCAGGACCACCUGCUGCCGCCCUAGCUGUGUGUCCAGCUGCUGCCAGCCUUCCUGCUGCUGA